AUGGCGUUUAAGGCUUUGUGUUUGUCUAUGUUGUUUGUCACAAUUGCAAGUACUCGUACAACCAAUAGGCCAAAGGUUUUUAAUGUUAAAUGUUAUAGUGCUAAAUUUGACGGAGAAACUGAUAAUGCAAAUAUACAGUUUGUGGGGCCAUGCAAAAAUCAGAUUGAAUUUGUUACUAAGGGAACUCUGUUUGCUUCUGCAAAUCCUAGGGACAUUAAAAAGGACAUGUGUAUCAACUUUAGAUACAUAAAUGAUCUCUAUAUCUCUGGUGCCGGUACACUCAACUGUCAAGGAAAGCAAUUUGGGCCACUCAAUGACUGCCACAAAAACAGCAACUGUCCUAAAUUAGCUAUGUUAUCGUUAUUAUUUGAUUUUAAACCGUAUUACAAUGAAAAAAUAUAG